AUGACUAUCUUGUCCACCGUCCCCGUCCCCGAGGCGCUAGAUCUCGCUGCCGGUAUCACGCUCGCACACGCGAACAAAGCUUGUACCGCCAUGCUGCGGUACUGUCCUGUCUGGGUCGAUGAGUCUGACGAACGGUCAGAGUCAUCGGACGCCUGGUAUGCUGGGCAUCGACGGAAAAAGAAAAAUACCCGCAUCUGGGAAGAGUAA